AUGUCCUUUGGUCUGGGGAACGCCACUCAAAACUUUCAGAGGUUUAUUGACCACUUCGUCUACGCCUACAUUAAUGAUUUGCUGGUGGCUAGCACUGACGCUGCCGAACACGGGGUUCAUAUUCGACAAAUACUCGAACGACUCGACUCUUUCGGCGUUGUAAUCAAUGCUGCUAACUGUGGGUUUGCAGUCCCCAGCCUAAGCUUCCUGGGUCACAAAAUCAACUCUGAUGAGAUAUACCCCGUCCCAGAAAAGGUUUCGGCCAUAUCAACGCUCCCUGUUCCACCAACCAUCAACCAACUACGAGGCUUCUUGGGAAUGAUGAACUACUAUCACCGUUUUCUCCCCCAUGGUGCCACCAUACUGCAGCCACUCAACAGCUUGUUGGAUCGCUACAGGAAGACACUGGCGAUGACCGAGGGGGCCUUCAAGUCCUUCAAUGACGUCAAUGUCGCACUUGCGAGCGCAACACUGCCUGCCCACCCCCGAGCUGAUGCCCAACUAACUCUCAUGACAGACGCUUCCAGCACUGCCGUUGGUGCAUCACUUCAGCAAACUGUUAGUGGUGUUAUACAGCCUCUGGCUUUGUUCUCGAGGAAGCCCGGCCCAGCAGAGACCCGCUACAGUGCCUUCGGCCGAGAACUCCUCGCGGUCUACUUAUCCAUCCGGCACUUCCGGCAUUUUCUCGAAUUUGUUGUUCUAACAGAUCGCAAGCCACUCGUUUUUGCACUGAGGGCCUCUGCCGAUGGAUACUUGUCCCGUGAAUUUCGAUAUCUAGGUUUCAUCUCACAGUUUUGCUACGACAUCCAACACGUCAAUGGUAAGGAAAAUGUGGUUGCUGAUGCUCUUUCAAGAAUCGAGAUGGCUUCCAUCACAACAGACGCCAUAGACUUCACGCUCAUGCCAGAGGCUCAACGAUAA